AAGUGUCCUCUCUAGAACCAGCCGAGAAACUGAAACUGCCCAAGCGGUCGGGUUCUUCGGCGAACACCCAGCGGCCAGCGCUCGCUCUACUCGUCAGGCUUCCAUCGGCGCCCCCGCCCGAAGCUUCUGGACGGCGAUGGCGGAAGCUCCGAGAACCUCGGAGGCGCGCCGGGACGCCGUGUUUGGGCGGUGGGUCGUCUUCUCGCCGGCGCGCUCGCGCCGCCCCACCGACCUCAAGUCGCACAACCCCACCGCCAACCCUAGCUCCGGCCCCGGCGCCGACGCCCCCAAGCCGUCCUGCCCCUUCUGCGCCGGCCGCGAGUCCGAGUGCGCCCCCCAGAUCUUCCGCGUGCCGCCCGACGACGCGCUGCCGUGGCGGAUCCGCGUCAUCCAGAACCUCUAUCCCGCGCUGCGGCGCGACAUCGAGCCGCCGCCCGCGCCCGAGCCGGAGGUGGUUGACGGGGAGGCGGAGGCGGAGGAGCAGCCCGGGGAGCGCGCUGUGCGCGGGUUCGGGUUCCACGACGUGGUCAUCGAGACGCCGCGCCACGACGUCCGGCUGUGGGACCUGGGCGCAGAGGGGGUCCGCGACGUGCUGCUCGCCUACGCGGCGCGCGUGCGGCAGCUCCGGGAGCACCCCGCGGUGAAGUAUGUUCAGGUGUUUAAGAACCAUGGGGCAUCUGCUGGAGCGUCAAUGGCACAUUCACACAGCCAGAUGCUGGGAACUCCCUUUGUCCCUCCCUCUGUUACAUCUCGGCUUAACUGCAUGAAGGGGUUUUUUGAUAGAUCAGGGAACUGCAGCCUUUGCGAGAUUAGGUCCAAAGAUAUCCUGAUCAGCAAGACACCCUAUUUUUCUGCGAUUGUUCCUUUUGCUGCAUCAUAUCCAUUUGAGAUAUGGAUUAUUCCCCAGCAACAUCUUUCUUAUUUUCAUGAAAUUGAUGAGGCUAAGGCACUGGAUCUUGGAUCUCUGUUGAAGACAAUGCUACAAAAGCUGUCUAAGCAGCUCAAUGACCCACCAUUCAAUUUUAUGAUCCACAGCACACCAUUUGGGCUCUCAUCAUCCUGCCUGCCUUAUGCACACUGGUUCCUUCAGAUCGUGCCCCAGUUAAGUGUAAUAGGCGGGUUUGAGCUUGGAAGUGGGUGCUACAUCAAUCCAGUUUUUCCUGAAGAUGCUGCCAAGAUUUUGAGGGAACUUGACUGUUCAACCUAGCUGGUGGUUUUUUCUCGAAUAUGCAGGAGAGCUGCUGCGUAUCAUUGCAUUAAGAAAGAAGAUCCUAGCUGGCGGUUGGUAUCUGAUUGUUCACUAAAUAUGAAAGAAAGCUAUGUUCCACAAUACUUUCCCUGAAAGCAAAAGUAACAUGUUAAUAAUCCAAGUGGACAGCUAACAUGAUAUGUAACAGCGGACGGACCUUGUUUUGGUGAGGAUGAUCUGCUGGGGUUUCAUUAAACUUUUAUCUGAAUCCUCCCCUGGCAAAUAGCUAUUGUCAGGCCUGCAUGCCAAGUGUUGUUUUUUAAUUUUGUGGGCCGUCAGGUUGAUGAUUGCAUGUUGAUGUACAAUUGGGUUAAAAACAGAGUUUUCCAGACUAAUAAAUUGUUGAUAUCUUUCUGACAA